UAGACAAAUUCCAAACUAAUAUAAUCCCCAAUUUUCAGAUUACCAUAGCGACUCUUGCCAAAAUAUCUGAUUGUGGACUGGAACUAGACUACGCGCCCGCCGCCCCCGCCCCCCAACACACGCACACAUGCGCUGUUGCAAUCUGAUUGUGGGUCGGAGAAGCUUGGAUUAGUUUCUGCUCGCUUGUGCGAAUAUACUUUCACAAGCCUCCACAUGUUCGAUGAAUUGUCCCAACCAACUGCACCAUUGAGAGGGGGAACUCGUUAUAAAGAGUUCAUAGGAAAAAAGAAAAAUGAAAUUUUGUAGUAGGUUUGACUUGGGUUGUUAGUGUAGUUUUUCAGGUGAAUUUGAGGCUUCUAAUCUCAAUGCAAAUUCUUGCUUGUGCUUCUUCCAAUCAAGAUCUAGUUGAGACAUAUUGUCUUGAUCUCACUUGAGUGGCAAUUAAGAAGGAUCUGGAGAGAGCUAUUACCAAUACCUCACUUGGGAUAGCUUCAUACUAGACCACAUUGCCCAAGCCAACUUCAAGGUAAACAACCUUGCUUGAGUCAGUUUUGUUGAUUGCAAUUCCACCGUCUUUAUUUUAUAUCUUCUUUAGCAUCUUUCCUAUUGUGUAGUCAGUAGUGUGUGCGCUUAUCGCAAAUUGCCUCAAGUUUAUGGGUAAUGCCCUUGAGAACAUAUAGAGGUGAUUACAUUAAAUUGCUUUUGUGCACUCUAUCAAGUCUGCGUAAUACUACUAAGUGAAACCCAAAGUCCAAAUUCUAUUACGUGGUACUAUCCUUGAAUUGGAAAAUAGAAUAAAAUGUUAUAAUGAUGAUUCAUUCAGUUUUGUGGAUGCAGGUGCAUAAGGCGCCACAUACUCAAUACAUUCCUCUUUUUAUAUUCCCGUUUAUGUGCUAUCAAGUGUGGAACCACAUUAAAAGAAGCAUCUUCCUUGGUGACCUGUUUGCAUCUCGCACCUUUUCUCAUGCUGUCUUUGGAUAUUUUUCUUGCUCCCUCUCUUCAAGUUCAUUUCCAUGCCCGUUGGACUCUUCCUCCUUGAGCGGAAGUCAAGUUGGCUGUCAAGAAGCUAAAAGUUUUGAUUUGACUAAGAAUUUUGAUUUCCAUGCUUUGAUGACCAAAGUUCGUGCUGCAACUAGUGCUAAUGAAAUAUUUCAGUUGCUUACCCAUGACCAUGCUUGCAAUAUUGUGCUUAGCUCUCCCAGCAUUGUUGAUAUAUUACUCCAUCAGUUCAAAGAUGACUGGAAGUCUGCAUUAGGUGUUUUUAGAUGGGCAGCAUCACACCCUGGUUAUAAAUUGUCACCAAAAGCAUAUGAUUUGAUGGUAGACAUCCUAGGUAAGGCAAAGCAGAUGGAAAAGAUGAAAGAGCUGGUAGAGGAAAUGUGCCAAGCCCAUCUUGUGACACUUGCUACUAUAGCUAAGGUUAUGCGAAGACUUGCUGGUGCAGGAGAAUGGGAAGAUGCUGUAAGGACGUUUGAUGACCUAGGGACCUUUGGAUUGGACAAAAAUACAGAGUCGAUGAACUUGUUGCUUGACACCCUUUGCAAAGAGAAAAAUGUUGAGCAGGCCCGUGCUAUCUUCUUGGAGUUAAAAUUGCAUAUCCCACCAAAUGCUCAUACAUUCAACAUUUUUAUUCAUGGGUGGUGCAAGAUAAAUAGGGUCGAUGAGGCUCACUGGACAAUCCAAGAGAUGAAGGGACAUGGUUGUCGACCUUGUGUCAUCAGCUACUCAAUCAUCAUCUUAUCCUAUUGUCGCCAGUCCAACUUCCAGAAAGUCUAUGAGCUCCUUGAUGAUAUGAAAACUCAAGGGUGUCAACCAAAUGUUGUUACUUACACCACUAUCUUGUGUUCACUAACUAAGUCAUACAAGUUUGAGGAAGCCUUGCAAAUACCCGAGAAAAUGAAAUCAAGUGGAUGUAAACCUGAUACAUACUUUUGCAAUGCCUUGAUUAAUACGUUGGGAAGAGCUAACCGAUUGUGUGAGGCUGUUAAUGUUUUUGAAGUGACGAUGCCCAAACUUGGUGUCACCCGGAAUACAUCAACCUACAAUACGAUGAUUGCAAUGUUUUGCCAUCAUGAUGAACAGCAAAAGGCCUUAAAUGUUCUUAAGGAGAUGGAGAAUUCACCAUCUUGUAAGCCUGAUGCUCAGUCCUUCUACCCGCUGCUCAAAACAUGCUUUAGAAGUGGGAAGACAGACAGCCAGUUGAGGGAAUUGUUGGAUGACAUGGUCAUUAAGCACCAUAUUAGUUUUGACGUGUCAACUUAUACACUUUUGAUUCAUGGGCUUUGUAGGGAAAACAAAUGUGAAUGGGCAUACCUCCUAUUUGAGGAGAUGAUGAGCCAGGACUUAAAACCAAGAUAUCGGACAUGUCGAUUGCUUUUGGAUGAAAUCAAACAAAAGAAUAUGUAUGAUGCUGCAGAGAAGAUAGAAACUUUCAUAAAACAAAUGAAAUCCUAUUGAGGUGUUUGUGUUUAUGUUUCUACUACUGUUGACUCACAACUUCAUGUUCUUUCACUCAUUUUUUAUGGCUUACAAUCCUUCUACCUAAAUUUGCCUUUAGAUGUUUGAGGCUGAAGUAACAAAAAUAUGGAGUGGCACGCCUGUGUAUCUGAUAUUGUAGCGCCAUCUUUUAGCAGUGAUAAUUAGAUCUUCAGUAUGCUGGCAGUACAUAUUUGAUUGUUAGACAGCAUUCUUAUUCCUAACCAAGAAUCUCUUUUGUCAUAACAUUACAGUACUUAGCAGAUAUUACUUGCAUUGACUCGUAGGGACAGAUGGAAUGGCACAAGACAAAUGUUUCUCCUCAUAAAAACAGUGCUUCCAAAUUUUACUGGGAACGAUUGGUAAUAGUCACAUUUCUUGGCAAUUUUGAAGUGUGUCAAAUGUAGUUUAGAUGCCGGUCCAUUAUUUACUGCAUCAUUGCAGUUAUGGCUGGGGAGUUGAUAUGUCAUGUCCUAUACGUUUGGGAAACUACUCAUGUGAUUUCAUAAUUACAGUAUUUGUUUCCUUCUUAUGAAAUAUGUUUCCACAUAUACAUAUGAUGCGGCUACUACAUUUAU